GUUUAUUGACCUUUUUGCUCAAUUAGGUCCUCAAGAAAUCUUGAGAAAAGAUUGGAAUUUGUGAAAAUUUUUAGGGUUUGAUUUCAUGGGAAAUUGUUGUGUAACCCUUGGCACACCUGGCCAGAAUAAGAACAAGAACAACAACAAGAAGACAAACCCAUUUGCAACAGAUUUUGGUGGCAUUAAUGGAAAAGAUGGUGAUGGCAAGCUAUUGGUCUUGAAAGACCCCACAGGUCGAGACAUUUCGGCCCAAUAUGAUCUAGGACGCGAACUUGGCCGAGGUGAAUUCGGGGUAACAUAUCUGUGCACAGAGACAUCCUCAGACGAAAAAUUUGCGUGCAAAUCAAUAUCAAAGAAGAAGCUUAGAACAGCCGUCGAUAUUGAGGAUGUGAGGAGGGAAGUUGAGAUAAUGCAACAUUUGCCUCCACACCCAAAUAUUGUGACAUUAAAGGACACUUAUGAAGAUGAUGAUGCGGUUCACAUUGUGAUGGAGUUAUGUGAGGGUGGUGAGUUGUUCGACCGCAUUGUUGCUAGGGGUCAUUACACAGAACGUGCUGCUGCAGGCGUAAUGAGGACGAUUGUUGAAGUAGUUCAGAUGUGUCAUAAACACGGAGUAAUGCAUCGUGAUCUCAAACCAGAAAACUUCCUAUUUGCAAAUAAGAAGGAAACAGCCUCUUUGAAAGCAAUUGAUUUUGGACUGUCUGUGUUCUUUAAACCUGGUGAGCAAUUUAAUGAGAUAGUGGGCAGUCCUUAUUACAUGGCUCCAGAGGUUUUGAAGCGCAACUAUGGACCCGAGGUUGACAUCUGGAGUGCUGGGGUUAUCCUAUAUAUUUUACUUUGUGGUGUUCCACCUUUUUGGGCAGAAACUGAACAAGGGGUAGCACAAGCAAUUAUUCGAUCCGUCAUUGAUUUCAAGAGGGACCCUUGGCCUAGAGUUUCUGAUAAUGCAAAGGACCUUGUGAAGAAAAUGCUUGAUCCUGAUCCAAAGAAGAGGCUGACAGCCAAGGAAGUGCUUGAUCAUCCUUGGAUACAAAAUGCCAAGAAGGCCCCAAAUGUCCCUCUUGGGGAAACUGUGAGAGCAAGGUUGCAACAGUUUUCCGUAAUGAACAAGCUGAAGAAAAGAGCUCUUGGGGUCAUAGCUGAGCAUUUGUCAGUUGCGGAAGUAGCUGGCAUAAAAGAGGCUUUUCAAAUAAUGGACACUGGUAACAAGGGCAAGGUAACCAUAGAAGAGCUACGAAGUGGGAUACAACAGUUAGGGCAAAAUAUUUCUGAUCCAGAUCUUCAAAUACUAAUGGAAGCUGCCGAUGUUGAUGGGGAUGGAGCUCUGAACUAUGGAGAGUUUGUUGUUGUUACGGUUCACCUUAAAAAGAUGGCGAAUGACGAGCACUUACAUAAAGCGUUUGCCUUCUUCGAUCAAAACCAAAGUGGCCAUAUAGAAAUUGAAGAAUUGAGAAAUGCUUUAACUAAUGAUGUUGACAUAGGUGGUGAGGAAGUCAUCCAUGCGAUUAUGCAUGACGUGGACACAAAUAAGGAUGGACGGAUAAGUUAUGAGGAGUUUGCUGCUAUGAUGAAGGCUGGUACAGAUUGGAGAAAAGCAUCUAGACAAUAUUCACGGGAAAGAUUCAACAGCAUAAGCUUGAAGUUGAUGAGAGAAGGGUCUUUUACAGUUAGCAAUGAGGGUAGGUGAACCUACGUUCUUUUUUUUUUUUUUUUUUUUUUCGAAAUAGCAUUAUUUGAAAUUAAAUGAUGUUUAAAAAGAUAAAGAUUCCUUUGUUGGAGGGCUUAUGAAAUGAAUUAAUUUUUUCCCCAUAACUAUGAAUAAGAGUAAUUUAUUUUUGAGGUAAUUGCAUGAAGAAAGAAAAACUACGAGUUGUAAAAUGUCAAUUAAAAGGCUUUUCAACUAUAAUCUUCCCCAACUUAUGCAUUUUUAAUUUUUUUAAGACAAGGAAAGACCAAGUUUGAUUUGUUUUAAUUUUUGCAAAAGCUAGUUAUUGUUGCUUAAUUUGUUUAGUUUA